AUGGCAGGCCUGAGACCCAACAUUCAAGCAGACCCUGAGAUUGAGCUUUUUGUCAAGGCUGGAAGUGAUGGGGAGAGUAUUGGAAACUGCCCUUUUUGCCAACGCCUUUUCAUGAUCCUCUGGCUUAAAGGAGUUAAAUUCAAUGUGACUACUGUUGACAUGACCAGAAAGCCCGAAGAGCUAAAGGACUUAGCCCCAGGUGCCAAUCCUCCCUUCCUGGUGUUUAACAAGGAAUUGAAAACAGACUUCAUUAAAAUUGAGGAGUUUCUAGAGCAGACACUGGCUCCUCCAAGGUACCCUUGCUUGAGUCCCAAGAACAAGGAGUCCUUUGAUGUGGGCAGUAACCUCUUUGCCAAGUUUUCUGCAUAUAUAAAGAACACACAAAAAGAGGCAAAUAAGAAUUUUGAAAAAUCUCUGCUCAGAGAAUUUAAACGUCUGGAUGACUACUUAAACACCCCACUUCUGGAUGAAAUUGAUCCAGACAGUGCUGAGGAACUCACAGUUUCCAGAAGAUUGUUCUUGGAUGGGGAUCAGCUGACACUGGCUGACUGCAGCUUGUUGCCCAAGCUGAACAUUAUUAAAAUUGCUGCCAAGAAAUACCGUGACUUUGACAUUCCAGCAGAAUUCUCAGGAGUCUGGCGCUAUCUCCACAAUGCUUAUGCCCGUGAAGAAUUUACCCACACGUGUCCUGAAGACAAAGAAAUUGAAAAUUUCUAUGCAAAUGUGCAAGUGUGGCUAAACAGUAGUUAGGACAGCUCUUACAGCAGAAGAAGCUCUCAUAUUAGAAAUGUUUUUGGAAAUAAGAACAUGGAAAAUAUUGUUUUCUCUAUACAACUCUCUUAUAAAAAAACAACGUUGUAUUUUCUGUAUCAGGCGACUGUGUAUUUUAAAUGUCUUUACAUUUUUGCUUAAUUUUCUUUAUUCCCAUGGCAUAACUACUGCAAUUAUAACCACUGAAAUCCUAAAUGAUAUGGAAAGCACCAAGAUCUUUUGCUAUUUGAUUGAAUUCCUAGAAUGCAUCAUACAUAAGCUCAAUAGAUGGCUGAAGUUAUAAAUGACAUAAGUAGAGCCACAAUUUCAAGCUGCUGCUUAGAAAAAUUCCAUCUAAAUCAUUAAAACAAUUUUAAAUUUUUGUUAGUUUCAUGUAUACAUGAGUUUAUUUCUAAUAUGAGUAAUGAAAUCAGAGAGUGAGCAUAUCAGAGAGGCAAAUCCUAAAAGAAUGAUUUUUUUAAAUCAGCUGUAGGAAUUGAUCAAGACCAACUGGUCUUAGAAUGGUCUUCAACACCUAGAAAUAUGACUGCUUCAUAGUCAGAGAUGAGAAUGAACCUUUCUGGCUAGAUUAUAUUGUUAACAAGCAUUCAUUAGAAAAAACAUAAUAAUAAUUUUUAAAAGAUUGGAAGCAAAUAUAUGGCAAAGGUGCAAAGUAAAUCUGAUCUUUUAUUCAACAGAAAUAAAAAGGACACUAAGAAAUCUUACUUAU